AUGUCGGGAACGACGGAGACGAAGAAGGUGGAUGUUAAGGAUGCCCCGAUCGUCGAUGCGCCAGGGACAUCCGGCGAGGGUGAUGCAGCCCCAAAGAAGACGAAAACCCCGCGGUUCAGUCUCGGUAGAAGAUGGCACCGAUUUCGUAUUUUGACGCCGAACUCCUCCAUUCUCAGCGGUUCCUACGCGAUGACCAGUCCCCAUUUCAAGUACAGAAGCCGCGGUCGACAAGCCGCCCCCGCAUCCGUGGUGGCCAUAGUCUACGGGCGUCUGUUCGAGCCGAAAGAGUGGACGAAGGAAUACGUGAACCAAGUGUUGGAGUAUGGCGACAAGGUGUUCCGCACCAGCGUGUUGAGGAAUCACGUGAAGGAGGACGAGUACAUGAAGACCACGCUGGUCCAUCCGGAGUUCUACAUCUCGAAUUACAAGGUGCUGGUGUGCGUGGAGGAGACAGGGAUAUACGGGAACCUGUUCAGCGAGACCGUGGGCUGUCCAGACUUCGCCGACGGAUUGCAAAAGUUCUUCCAAAACAGCGACGCCGGCGUGAUCACCGCUCAGGCCACGUCGGUGGCCAUGUGGCGUCAUCCGGACAUUGGUUUUCUGUACUUCGACCCGGCGCCCUGCGACGAGGAGGGUGUUCGUCAUCCGGAGGGUUCCGCCUGCGUGAUGAGGUUCAAGUGUAUGAGCGAUAUACGCGACCACUUUCUCAAGAGUAUGGACAAACGGUACGACUCCAGAUACUGUGUCGAGAAGGUGACCGUUUUGCGCGUGAGCGAAGUCGGUCGCGGCUACGUCGGUCGUCUUCCAAGCAGCAGUCGUCUAACGGUCGACAAGAGCGUCCUUCGUGCCAUAAAUCCGGUCGACAUCGACGAGAACCAGAUGGACUGCACGAAACCGGUGCCGAAGAAGGAGAAAGCGAAAGCCUCCACUACCGCGAAGAUCCACAGGGAGCCGUUGUCGAUCACCAUUUCGAAUUACAGCAUCGACAAACGUUUCGCCACCGAUCCCCUGGUAGAUCAGGACAAGUUCGACACCGGCUACACGUACGAGGACAUGCACGUGAACGUGCCGUCUACGUUCAGAGAGUUGCCCGGUAACAUGGCGAUACUCCACGGAUUGACUCACGAGGGUAGCGACGCGUACAAGGGCAAAGGGGCGCAGAACGUGGCGAACUGCGUGAUGGCCAUCGCCAUGAAAAAGGUUCAUCCGGUGAAAACGUGGCUGAGACCGAAGCUGGACGAGAUACUGACGCUGGGGGACAAUCUGUACGCGGACGUGAAGGCGGAGAAGCCGACGAUGAGAACCAUGACCGCGCCGGAUCUCUACGACGCGAAGAUUCAGGUGGAGAACGCGAAGCUGGUGAUAGACGUUGACCUGAUCACGGUCACCGGAACGGUUUCUUCCAAGAUCCCCACGGUGCUGAAUCUGAAACAAGCCUUGGAGGAGUUCUUUCUGGUGAACACGGAAGGCGUGAUCGAGUCCUCGUCGAUGUCCGUGGCGAUUUGGAACCAAGACGAUUGUUACUACAUGUUCGAUCCUCGACAAUGCGAUAACAUCGGCGUUAGAAUUCGAGAGGAGAAGGGUGGAAAGGGAUCGAAGGGCAACGGAAUAGAGAAGAAGGGUAACUGUUGCGUAAUGAGGUUCUCGAACACCGACGCGCUGGCCGCUCUGUUUUGGAAGAACCUCGAACACUCGAAGAAGAACGACCGUUUCACCAUCAGGCACAUCACCAUUUUGGACGAUAUUCCUGGCACCAGACUGUGGCACGACUUUCAGCCGGGCACGCCCGGUGAGACCUGGAUUCUCCAGGGCACCACGUCCAACGAGGACGAAGAAUUCGAGGACGAGACUCGGGGUAUUCAAGGACUCGCGAUGCCAGUGGUGGGUCUGAUAGCAGCGAGAGAGACACCGCCGACCAAGUGGACCAACGAGACGAUCGACGCGGUGAUACGGGAGGGGGACGCGUAUUAUCAGUGGUGCAACCCCGUCGUGGACACGGAGGAGGAAGGUCAGAACUACUUCUUCGUGCCCAACCUAAAGAAGAAUCUCUACUUUAAAAACAGGAAGGUGAAGAUCGACGUGGAGGAAGGGACGAUCGUUGGAAAUUUAACAGCGCCUCUCGAGAGCGACGUUCCGCGCAUGGAGCAGGCUCUGAAACAGUUCUUCGAGAAUCAUCAGUACGGUAUCGUGGAGGUGAAGAACAUGACCGUGGCCGUGUGGAGGGUCGACGAGGAUGUGAAAGAAAAGGACGAGGUGGUGCAGCGAACCGUUUACUACUGUUUCGAUCCGAAUCCGCGAAAUAGCCUGGGCCUGUGGUCGAUGGACGAGGAAGAACCUGGUGUGGCCUGCGUGAUUCGAACCCUGAGUCUGUCCGUGUUGGCGAAGAUGAUCGAGACGAACGCGGGACAAGAUCAGGAGGUUAGCGACGAGUUCUCGAUUCACGAUAUGAAGAGCGUGCACAUCGGAUCGGAGAUGACCGACGAGGAGAUAGAAGAGGACAAACUGAUCCCGGUGAAGCCGGAUCUGCACAAUUACCUUAACAUGGGGGACACCGGGGCCAUUCUGUUGGGCAGCUUCAACCAGGCGAACGAGACGAUGUUCAAACGCCACAGUAGAGAUAAGCAACAAGCUGCCUGCGCCUUGGCGACCCUGGCGAUGACGAAGCUGUACAAUCCGCACUUGUGGUACAGGGAAGUGGUCGACGAUGUGCUGAAGCUGGCCGACAAGAUCACCACGGAGAAUCUCGAUAAUCUACCGGAAGAGGAGAUGGAGGAAGAAACGCCAAGAGACUAUCUUCUUCCGAGCGAGAUAGGCGAAGACUUUGCCGUGGGGGUGAAUCGAAUGUACGUGGCGUUGGAGGAGGAGGCUGUCGCGGGCAGGAUGACCGAGUUGGAGGCGCAGCUGGAAACCUUUUUCGAGACGAACACGAUGGGCAUAUUCAGGCAGGGCAGCGUGAUGAUGGCUGUAUGGAGGGAAGCGGACGCGUACUUUGUUAUGGACCCGAAGGGUAGAGACACUCGGGGCGAACCGCGCGAGAAAGACGGGGCGGCUUGCGUGAUGUGGUUCACCGAUGUUCCGUCGUUGGUGACGGCGAUUCAAGCGGUCGCUACCGGGGACGAGUUCGUCCUGGACACCGUCACCGUGGACAACGCCUACGAGACGCGAGUGGCGGAAGAGGAGCGACCGCCGCGACCGUCUUCGGGGGAGGAUCCCUGGUUUCAGUUUCCCAAGUUAACGGAGGGCGUGUGGAGCAUCGACGGCACGGUAAAGAUGGACGACGAAAGGUUCAAAGAGGCUAACAGGAACCAGCAGACCGCGGCUAUCGCGGUGAUGGGCAUCGUCUUCGCCAAGGUCUACGAGCCGCGUUAUUGGACGCAGGCGGUGCUCGACGAGGUGAUCGUCACCGGCGACAAGCUGCACUCAAAGUGCGUGGAGAGGCUCGGCGAGGGUUCCGUACCAAGAAUAAACGAGAUCAUGACCGAGUUUUUCCUCUCGACACGUCGCAUCAAUCUGACGAUCAAGGACUGCGUCGAGGCGGGCAGUCUGACCGCGAAGCCGCCCAAAGUUCAGAGUCUGCAGACUGGUAUCGACAAGUUCUUCUCCCGGUACAGUUCGGGCGCACUGACCGUGGGCGAUAACAGGAAUAUAGCCGUUUGGAAGUUCGACAACGUCUACUACACCCUGAUACCCGACUGGCCGACCAGCAAAGGGGAGACGACCACGGUGGCGCCGAAAGUUCUACGCUUGGCCAACACCGAGAUCCUGGUUGGCUAUCUGUUGGAGCUACUCGGGUCCGAGGGCGACUACGAGAUGAUCGCGAUCGACGUGGUGAACUGGAACAAGCUUGCCCCGUGGAAAUUCGACCCGAGCGCGGCCGUUCGGCCCUCGAAUUUGCCGGCCCUGAACGCUUACAGGAGGGUGAGGGGCGAGGCUCGAGCGAUCCUCCGUGGCAGCUACCACCAAGGGGACGAAAUAUUCCCGGAGUCGUUCCGGAACAAGCAGACAGCGGCGAAUUGCGUGGUGGCCCUCGGUAUGUCCGUGGUGAAGAGCCCUAUCACCUGGACCAAGAAAACCAUGGACGAGAUCCUGGCGAUCGGGACGAACGUCCACCGGCUGACGCAGAAGGCCAAACCGACGAUAGUGCGUAUCAAACCGAAGGACAUCAUCAGAGUGUUCUACGUGGGCGUGAACAUUCUGACCGCGGACAUAGAGCCCAACACGGUGUCCGGUAUAGUCGCCAUUCCCCCGCCUCAGCCCGAGGACAAGAAGAAGAAGAAAGGACGAGGCGCCAAGAGAAGAGCGAGGGCUGGCAGGAGGGGAAAGAAGGUCAGGGGUCCUCAGAGGAUUCGACCACCGCCGCCUCCGCCGAUUCUGUUGGAAAAGGGCGUUCAACAGUUCUUCGAGAACAAUCGGGCAGGCGUUCUGGUGACCGAUCGCGGAGCCGUGGCCAUCUGGAAGGACAUGGGCGUCUACUUUAUGUACGAUCCACGGGCUCUGAGCGAUCAGGGUCUGCCCGAUUUUUACGGCACCUCGUGCGUGAUGUGGUUCGCCUGCAUAGAGCCGCUCUACGAGGUUCUGUUCGCCAAUAUCGACGAGCAAGAGAAGUACGGUCGCUAUCAGAUCUGCAGGGUGAUCAUCAAGACGGCCAUGAUCGAACCCCUGCCGUGUCCCGCGGGAUUCAAGCCCUACUUCGACUGCACGAGCCCCCCGAUCCCGGUCACCAGCACGAAGAGGAACACCACCUUGGACGUUGUCACGGUUACGGAGUACAACUUCGUGGACGAGGAGUUGAGCGUUCUGCGCGGCAGUUUGCACAUGAACCAUCGUAUCUGGAGCUCGACCAGCAGAGGUUUCCAGAGCACCGCGAUCGCGGCCGUCGCCAUUGUCGUGGGUCUGCUUCACGUCCCGUCCACCUGGACACCCGAAUUGAUAGACGCGAUAUUGAAAUACGGCGAUUUACUACACUCGGACAGCGUGCGUGCAGCGCGUCCCGGCUCCAGGAAUCUGUCGCCCAGCGAGCUACUCACGGUUUUUAUCGUCGGCGAUUUCCGUGCCACCGUGCACAUCCACAAUCACACCACGGCCGGUCUUCUUCACGCGUUCGAUCUCGCCGAAUCGUUGGUGAUGUUCUUUCGCUCGAAUUGCGCUGGUAUCCUUCACACCACCAACAUGGCGGUCGCGGUGAUGCAACAUUACGGGAAAUUCUACUUGUUCGAUCCGUGCGCGAGGAACGAGCUGGGCAGGCCGAGUUUCGACGGCGCUGCCUGCGUGAUGAAGUGCGAGAGCAUCAUGAAGAUGGCCAAGGUGUUCGUGACGAACUCGAAUCUCAAGACGCCUAACGUUUACACUCUGAACGCGGUGAACAUCUUGAACCUAUUCUUCUUCUCCGAUGCCAAGACCGGUUGUCCGCCAAAGUGCGAGCAAUAA